CAACUUUAAAAAAACAUCCCAAAUUUUACUUUUAGCGGCCUGUAAACAACAAGUUCCAUGUGUUAGUGCCUAUGUGGACUGGUCCUCUUUUGCUCAAACCUGUCAACCUUUGUCGUCUUGGAUGCUCCAAUCCCGGUCGCCGUCACACAUCUGGGUGUCACUUGGGGCCUGGUGCUCCCUAUUAUCUGCUUCGCCGCCUGGAUUCUCGUUUGCUUCAUCCCCUGAUUCUUCUACUAAAUUGGAGGGAAACAGAUUAAUACUCCGUAAUAUGUAAUCUAUUAGAAGGAUGUCAGGGAAGAAGUCCCCUUCAUUUCAUUUGUCUUCCAAUCCUACUGUAAAAGGGAUGCCAGUCAAAAAUUUGGUUUCGACCAUGGAGAUUCCGACGUUACUCAAGCGAAUCUCUGUUUAACUAUGAAUUAAAAGUUUUGAUUCCCAAAUUAGUUUGUUCUUUAAGUUUAAUUUCUAGAAGAAAAGUAAGCAAUUCGGUGCAUUUGUGCUUAUUUUAGUUUCUUCAGAUUUUGGAGUGAUGGGCGUACAAAUUGUCCGGGAAGAUGAACAGUUCUUAAGCAUAGAUCUGUGUUUCAUUGACUAAGCACAAUUGAUCCGAAAACAUAAAGUUAAAUUUACACAUUUGCGUACACGUCGGCAGCUAUCGGCAGAAUUGGUAUCCACUGACUAAAAGUAAAAAUUGGGUAAUUGUUUAGAGUUCAGAGUUUGCGUUGAGUAUGUGGGUUUUUUAUGACUAAUCGUGCAGGUAGAACAAUCGACAGAAUCGCUCUUACUUUGAUAAGGAACGGAAGACAGAACUAUCCUUAAUUCUGUUCUUUAUGAGCGGUUGACUUACAUGAUGUAUGAAUUAAUUGAUAAUUGAUUUCCUUGUACGGUGUGUAUGAAUUAAUUUGCUAAUGUGACCACCUAUGUUAACAAGCCACCUAGUUGUCAAGAUCACUAUUUUAAGUUAGAAUAUUUUCAUGCAUAUUCUUUAUGUACGUAACAUUAAUCAUUUAUUCUCUUUCCAUGUAUGACUUGGCAUCCACUUAUUAGUUUAGCUUAAUACUUUAUAGAAAGGAUCCUUGCUUGCUUGAAUAUGAUUGCAUGACUUAAUAUGUGGUGAUUUAAUUGUGAUCUGUUGCAUGGUAUUUAAGUGACUAAUUUGUUUUCCUUAAACAUACGAUGGUAUCUAUUCCUAUGCAAUUGUCUUUGAUUAAUUUGUGAUCAACGUAUAUAUGAGUUUGUUGCCUUUGAAAGAUGCAUCUCUUAAAGAAGGAAGGCUUUUCAAAUUAUAACAAGGCAAGUCUCAUUCUUGAUGACCCAUCCAAAGAAGGAAAGCCUCAACGGGUCUAUCUCCAAGCAGCCUAUAAAUCGAGAUAAAAAAAAAAGAAAGAUGUGCUUGAUCGAGACAGCUAUUGAGAGACAAAUUCAUCAAAGAACUACCGGAGUCCAAGGAACCUGAAACUGCUCACAUAGAGUUCUAGAUAUAGUUCCUAUUUUUCCUUCUUCAUAUUGUAUUGGGGUUUUUGAGGAUUGACUAAGUGUAGCAUCCUCGGGUUGGCAAAUGUGUGGUGAGAGCUUAGUUGUAAAGCUGAGAGACUCUCUACUCGCAAGGUAGAGAAGCAUAACUCUUCCUAGAGAGAAUGGAGUUGGAGUGGCUCAAGGGUAGACUAGGAGAGUUUCUCUUGUAACCAUUCAAAGGCUUUUUAGUGAAGUUGUUAACAUUCCUCCGAGGGAGGUCGAUGUUUUUAAUCUCUUUUGAGCCAAGAGAUUUUUCCUCGUUAAAUCCUUGUGCACUCAUUUACUUUGUCUUACCCUUUAACCCACACUAGAACUUGGCAAAAAAUUGUCACGGUUCCACACACACACACAAUUCACCCCCUCUUGUGUUACUAAUCGUUUCAUCAAUUCGUAUCAGAGCCGCUCUUCACCACAUAGAGGGUAAAGCCUUGGGAAGAGAUCCGAAAAAAUGAACACGGUUGAACGACUUGAAGAAGGGUACAUGGCUCAACGACCACCAUUGUUCAAUGACAAAUACUAUCAAUUCUAGAAGAGUCGAAUGGAGAACUUUGUCAAGGCCGAAAACUAUCCGGUAUGGAAUGUAAUUGAAGAAGGCAAUAAUGUCAUCACUAAGGUCAACGAUGAAGAAAGGAUAUUUCCGUUGAAGAUCAAGUAAGGAAAGUAAUGAGAAGUUUACCCUCUGCAUGGAAGCCUAAAACUAUGGCAAUAGAGGAAGUCAAAGAUCUCUCCACAAUGACCGUAGAAGACCUUAGGGGUUCACUCAUGACAUAUGAGUUAGAGCUACAAGAAGAGCACGAUGCUAAAAAUGUAAGAAAUGAAAGGGGAAUAGCUCUAAACGCUCGAGAAGAAGAAGAGGAAUCCGAAAGUGAAUCCGAGGAUGAGAUGAGCCUGUUCAUGAAGCAGUUCGGGAAGAUGUACCGACGCUACAAAGGAAACAAAAAAAACAAGGUAAAAAGAACUCUCAAUCUUUUAAUAACUACGGUUGUUUUGUUUGUGGUUCCUUUGAACACAGGGCAAAGGACUGCCCACAAAAGAAGAAUGAUAAAACCUAUGGUAAGAACAAGAAAAGUUCCAACCGGAGGUCUAGUUAAGACAAAGGGUUCAAUAGAGAUCUAAAAAAGGCAAUAAUGGCAGCUUGGGGAGACUGAUCCGAUGAUGAUGAGUAAGAGGGUGCUAAGAGCUCGAAUCAUGCUGGCUUGUCUUUUUUGUUGUUUACCAAAACUUGCCGUAAGCGAAACAUAAUGUAAUAGUUGGCGAUUUAUGUUUACCAAAACUAUCCAUAACACUUUUGAAUGAAA